CGCGCGGGGGAGGAGAUGGUGCCGAGCGGCCUCUUCGGGUGGGCCUCGCCGCACGUGCAGCCGCUCACACCAGUCUCGGAGGUCUCGGAGCCGCCGGAGUCGCCGUCGCCGUACGGGGACGGGCCGUCGGGGGACGCGGGCGUGGGGGAGGGCCCCCCCGGCGGCGAGGACGACGACGCGGAGGAGGACGAGGCCGAGCCGCCGCCCGCCGCCGUCUCCUUCUGGCGGCUCUUCGACUUCGCCGACGGGCUCGACUGGGCGCUCAUGGCCGCCGGCGCGCUCGCCGCGGCCGCGCACGGGGCCGCCCUCGUCGUCUACCUCCACUUCUUCGGGAGGGCGCUCAACCUGCUCGACUCCGAGCGGGUCCAGUCCGCUCUCCACGGGGAUAGCAAGGAGCUGCUCGACCUGUUUAUGCAGCAUACUCUGUAUAUCAUCUACAUAGCUGGUGGUGUUUUUGUUGCAGGAUGGAUAGAGGUGUCAUGCUGGAUUCUCACCGGGGAACGACAGACUGCUGUCAUAAGAUCAAAAUAUGUCCAGGUCUUGCUAAAUCAAGACAUGAGCUUCUUUGAUACAUAUGGAAACAAUGGUGAUAUAGUUAGUCAAGUUCUGAGCGAUGUGUUGCUCAUUCAGUCAGCUAUUAGUGAGAAAGUCGGCAACUACGUACACAAUAUGGCCACAUUUGUUGGCGGUCUCAUUGUUGGCCUGAUCAACUGUUGGCAAAUAGCACUUCUAACUCUUGCCACUGGACCCUUGAUUGUUGCUGCUGGAGGAAUAUCUAAUAUAUUUCUCCACAGACUGGCUGAAAACAUUCAAGAUGCAUAUGCCGAAGCGGCUAGUAUUGCUGAACAGGCCACCUCAUACAUCAGGACGCUCUAUGCUUUUACAAAUGAAACUCUUGCAAAGUACUCCUAUGCUACCUCACUUCAAGCGACCCUGCGAUAUGGAAUUUUGAUUAGCCUUGUUCAAGGAAUUGGCCUGGGAUUUACAUAUGGAUUGGCAAUUUGUUCAUGUGCUUUGCAACUCUGGGUUGGAAGACACCUGAUUGCUCGUGGGAAAGCUGAUGGUGGUCAAGUUGUGGUAGCUUUAUUCUCCGUAAUUCUGAGUGGCCUUGGUCUGAACCAGGCAGCUACAAACUUCUAUUCAUUUGAACAAGGGCGGAUUGCUGCUUAUAGACUAUAUGAGAUGAUAAGCCGUUCAACUGCAAGCACCAAUCUUGAAGGGACCACCAUACCCCAAGUGCAGGGGAACAUCGAAUUCAGAAAUGUGUACUUCAGUUAUCUCUCGCGCCCUGAAAUUCCAAUUUUAAGUGGUUUCUUUCUCAGCGUACCAGCUAGAAAAACUGUUGCACUUGUUGGUAGAAAUGGCUCAGGGAAAAGCAGCAUAAUUCCUCUAAUGGAGAGAUUCUACGAUCCAACGUUAGGGGAAGUCCUUCUGGAUGGGGAAAAUAUUAAGAAUUUGAAAGUAGAAUGGUUAAGAAGCCAAAUUGGUCUGGUUACACAAGAACCUGCACUACUGAGUCUGAGCAUUCGCGAAAACAUUGCUUAUGGAAGAAUUGCUACUUUUGAUCAAAUAGAAGAGGCAGCCAAGACAGCGCAUGCCCAUGGGUUCAUCAGUUCACUUGAAAAGGGAUAUGAAACACAGGUUGGUCGAGCUGGUAAGUCACUGACUGAUGAGCAGAAGAUCAAAAUCUCUAUAGCUCGUGCUGUGCUUUCGAGUCCAUCAAUUCUCUUGCUUGACGAAGUCACAGGAGGACUUGAUUUUGAAGCUGAAAAGACUGUGCAAGAUGCCUUAGAUGUUCUUAUGUUGGGAAGAUCGACGAUUAUAAUAGCUAGGCGUCUUAGCCUCAUUAAACAUGCUGAUUACAUAGCUGUAAUGGAGGAGGGGCAUCUUGUUGAAAUGGGGACACAUGAUGAAUUGCUAAACUUGGAUGGCCUUUAUGCUGAGCUUUUAAGAUGCGAGGAAGCAACAAAACUUCCUAAGAGGAUGCCGACCAAGAAUAGUAGGGAGCGCAAAUCGCUCCAAUUUGAGGAUCCACCAGUUAGCCAAAGCUUUCAAGAAUCGUCCUCUCCUAAGAUGGCGAAAUCACCUUCUCUUCAAAGAACACAUGGCAUGCUUCAGUUUUGGCGAUCAGACACCAACAGAAACUCCCAUGAUUCACCAAAAGAUCAAAGCCCACCUUCAGAACAAACUAUAGAUAAUGGAAUACCUUUGGUUUCAACUGAAAGAGCACCAUCCAUUAAGAGUCUGGACAGUUUUGAAAUGGAAAUGCCAGAUCUUCCAAAAGUUGGCAUCCAUCCUAUACAACGGCAAUCUUCGAAGAAUUCAGGACCCGAUUCACCUAUAUCUCCUCUUUUGACUUCUGAUCCAAAGAACGAGCGUUCCCAUUCACAAACUUUUAGUAGACCACAGAGUGAACGGGAUGAUACAAGUUCUGAACAGAGUGAACCAGAUGAAUUGCAAGAUCACAAGCCACCAUCAUUUUGGAGACUUGCAGCACUUAGUGUUGCUGAAUGGCCUUAUGCUCUCUUAGGCACAAUUGGUGCUGCUAUAUUUGGCUCAUUUAAUCCACUGCUCGCUUACACAAUAGCACUCACAGUGUCAGCAUAUUAUAAAAUAGAAGUUAGUGACAUGCACCAUGAAGUGAACAGGUGGUGUUUAUUCAUAGUAGGCAUGGGUGUCAUUACAGUGCUGGUCAACUGGUUGCAGCAUUUUUAUUUUGGAAUAAUGGGGGAGAAGAUGACUGAACGUAUAAGAAGAAUGAUGUUCUCUGCAAUGCUGCGCAAUGAAGCUGGAUGGUUUGACAAAGAGGAGAACAGUGCUGAUACACUGUCCAUGCGCCUGGCAAAUGAUGCAACAUUUGUCCGUGCUGCAUUUAGUAACCGUCUUUCCAUAUUCAUACAAGACACUGCCGCGGUUUCUGUAGCUCUUCUUAUUGGAAUGCUCUUGGGAUGGAAGGUGGCGCUUGUUGCACUUGCAACUUUACCUGUUCUUGUUGUCUCUGCCAUUGCACAGAAAUUAUGGCUUGCCGGCUUCUCAAAAGGAAUCCAGGAGAUGCAUAGAAAGGCUUCAUUAGUACUUGAAGAUGCAGUUCGCAAUAUUUACACCGUUGUAGCGUUUUGUGCUGGAGACAAGAUAAUGGAACUCUACAAAUUACAUCUUAUUAAGAUACUGAAGCAAAGUCUUGUGCAAGGAUUGGCCAUAGGCUUCGGUUUUGGCCUCUCGCAGUUUCUUCUUUUUGCCUGCAACGCCCUUCUUCUGUGGUACAUUUCCACCUCAGUGGAACAACAACGCCUGACAAUAGCCACAGGACUGAAACAGUACAUUCUAUUCUCGUUUGCAUCCUUUGCAUUGGUGGAGCCCUUUGGACUCGCCCCCUACAUACUUAAACGGCGGAAGUCUCUCACUUCAGUGUUUGAAAUUAUUGACCGAGAGCCAAAGAUUGAUCCUGAUGACAACACUGGCCUGAAACCGCCCAAUGUCUAUGGGAGCAUUGAAUUCAAGAAUGUUGAUUUCUCCUAUCCAGUUCGUCCAGAAGUCCUUGUGCUGAGCAAUUUUAAUCUUAAGGUGAGCGGCGGACAAACAGUUGCAGUGGUAGGAGUUUCAGGAUCUGGGAAGAGCACUAUCAUUUCCUUAAUUGAGAGAUUUUAUGACCCAGUAUCUGGCCAAGUUCUGCUGGAUGGCCGAGAUCUGAAAGCGUUCAACCUGAGAUGGCUGCGAAGCCACAUGGGCCUAAUUCAGCAAGAGCCCGUCAUUUUCUCGACAACAAUAAGGGAGAACAUUAUCUAUGCAAGGCACAACGCAACCGAGGCUGAGAUGAAGGAAGCUGCAAGGAUAGCAAACGCUCACCAUUUCAUCAGUAGCUUGCCACAUGGCUACGACACUCACGUGGGAAUGCGAGGGGUUGAUCUCACUCCUGGGCAGCGGCAACGGAUUGCCAUUGCUAGGGUGGUUUUAAAGAAUGCGCCGAUAUUGCUGUUGGAUGAGGCCAGCUCUGCAAUUGAAUCUGAAUCGAGUAGAGUGGUUCAGGAAGCUCUUGACACAUUGGUCAUGGGGAACAAGACGACGAUCCUCAUCGCGCACAGAGCGGCGAUGAUGAAGCAUGUGGAUAACAUUGUCGUCCUAAAUGGUGGUAGGAUAGUCGAGCAGGGCGCGCAUGACUCUCUGAUGGACCUUAAUGGUCUGUAUGUUAGACUGAUGCAACCCCAUUUUGGCAAGGGCCUCCGCCAACAUCGGCUAAUGUAGUUAACAUUGAGUUUGUUAGGUGUAAAUUAUCUAGGACAUGAUCAAGUUCCCUUGUCGCUCUUCGUCCAGACACGAAACCUCCACCGCCUGGAGCUGCUGGUGAGCGGUGACUGGGUCUUGACAAAAUUUUCGACUGGAGAUUCAUUCAGAUAACUAGCUGUGGUGAAACCGUAGGGAAUUUGUUCCUGGAAAUAGAUAGCAAGUUUGGAGUCCAUUGUAAUUGUUGUAAUAUAUGAGUUGCAAACAUUCUUUCUGGGGCUUGUGCACUCGAUUCCUUUCACCUUUGUAAUGCACAGAUUUGAUGAUUCGCGUGUGUGUAAAGAAACAUUGUUCUUUUCUUUUCCUUUUU